AUGUGGGAGCUCUUUGGAAUAUGCUGAGAAGCAGAGACAUGCUCCCCAUGAAUGCCCACGGUGUAUCCCAGUUCAACUGCGACAUCUUCUACGUGCUGGGGCACGAGAUCUGCGGGGGCGAAACUGAUGAGUACAACAUCGCCCGGGUAUUAUACAAUACCAAUAGAAGCGCGAAAAACAUGGCGGGGAUCAUCGUGGGAGGCAAAGCGUGGGGCAGCCUUCGCAAGCACUACGGAGGAUCGUUUGAGACUGCGCGCGCAGCGACUCAAGAGCACCAGGUCCUCAAGGACAGCAACGCCAAAGCGUUCUGCGUGAGUCGCAACCGCUACAGCUUCAACUACAUCGCCUUCGAGCAGCUUGCGCAGCCACCUUCCACAGCCCGGAGCCUCAUCAACCAGUACCUCCGAGCAGCAAACAUUCAGCCUGGAGACGUGGGCACCGAGCUCAUGGACGGCAAGUUCGUGGUGGCAGGCCCCGCAGACGGCACCGCCCUGGACUCUGCCGCCUCCCCCGCCGACGGCGUCAGAACCACCAACCAAUCUUCCGCCAGCUCCGUGGCCGCCUACACCACCAUCGCGCAGCAGCCCGAGGACGGCGAGCACUACGACGCCAACUUGGUCUUCAAGUCCACGCUUAGGCGAGGCAUGGAAGAGUAUGGACUUCGUCCCCUCUCUCAUGGGCGAUUUACAGGUGUCAUUCUCACAUGCAACGUCGCCGAGACCGUCCCCCUAUCACAGAUACAAAAGAGGCUCCGCGAGGACAACAUCGACGUCGACGCCACCAUCGAGGCCAUCUACAAGUUCCAGAACCUCAAGCCGCCGGACAAGGUUAAGGAAGCCACCAACUUCGUCACGCCCCUGGUGGAUGAGAUAUUCUUAGCCAUGAAGCCGUGGACACAAGUCAAGAACUAUGGGAAGAACUCCGAGCAGGACAACCAGGUCGCGCAGCGCAUGCAAGAGCUCGAGGAGGAGGCGGCCACAUACAAGCAACGGCUGAAGUCUGCUGGGAUGGAAGUCACGCCAACCAAAGCGCUACCCCUGCAGGCCCCACCUUCGGGCCCAAGUGGCUCUCAGCAGACGCCAUCACCACAGCAUGAUGCACAACCUCGAGGAGCUCUACCUGACAGUGCUCACGAAGAUCCGCCAAGCAAACGACGUCGCACUCAGCGCGGGGAUCGCAAGAAGCAGUACGAAGCGAUGCUCGAGGAGCCCUUCAAUGUCAUCAAGCAGAGUGGCCAGCAACCCCCGACCAGUAUGACCUCAAUCAAAACCUGGGUCACAAACCUCAAAAAAACCAUGCCUGCCGAGAAGCACAAAGAUUUGGACCAACACAUCCAACAAGUCCAAACCCUACUCGACGAGGGCAAGUACACCAAGGUGCAGCUGGGCUACACGAUGGGGACUGCCAAUCUCACUCAUCACGGCAGCGGCGGCCUCCCCCAGAACCUUACAGCAGCUUAUCGCGGCAGUUACCUUCUUGGCUGUCUGAAAGAUGCAAACUAUUUUGCAUCAGCGCCUCGUGCACCAGCACGGCGCUAUGAUCUUCAGACAGCUGCAACAGGUGGUAGACUGGGCGCAGUUUUUGCUUUUCUAUACCAGCCGCUGCAACGACGCAGCUACAAGACCGACUUCGAGAAAAAGGUCCUGUGGAACCACAUGCGGAAGGUGACAACGCAAGGACGACACUGGAAGCCGGAGCCAUGCAAAUGCCAUGAUUUCAUGUACGAUCACCCCAGAGCCGAGUACCACGAAGGCCACGUAGCCACAGGCCUAGAAACACUGGAGUUUUGCAAAGGCCGGUCCAACCUCGGCGCAGCAUUCGCGAACGUCGGUGCCUGCAACGCCUUCUUUCCAUCCAAACGACGCCUACAUGACCAAAUUCUCAACCAACUUCGCGGAUGGCUCAAGCAUCACUUAUUUCCCAACGACGACCGCAUCAUGGAGAACUUCGAGGCAUUCUUCGAAAAGCAGUGGCAUCGACAUAAAGAACACCAACGCCAUGAGCCUCGACUCACACAUCGGCUCAUCAAACGUCUGGUAUCCGCAUUGCCACAGAAUUACAUUAUUCACAACGAGGACCACGCCAACGCCCACCUCAUGAUCUAUUGCCCCAACGUCUACAAUCAGGCAGCAUUCAACACCUGGAUGGACGAGAAAACAUUCCUCCUUCUGGACAAAAGCCCCGAAGACAUCAAGGCGGAUAUGGAAAAACAAACACCAACAGUGGUUCGUAAACACUACAAAAAACUACUCGACUACAACAAGCCUAUUCCGUAUGGCUACAUCAUGAUGAAACGGAAAAAGCAGUGGAGCAAAGGCCGACGAUCAUUGCCGACUCCAACACAUGCGUUGGCCGACUUCUUCGCGUUGCAGCACUGGCACUUCAGCAGAUGCUCAAAGCUACGUGGCCGCACCACUUUGGAAACAUCGCAACUCCCCAGCUGUGGCAGGUACGCCGGCAACCGAGCGAUCAUCGUCGACAAGGAAAUACUCCACACCAAUCCCCACAUCCGGCAGCUAGCGUCGCUGCAAUCUAACAAAAAGCCUGUGCAGCUCGAGGACGAAAACUGUGAUGAUUUCUUGGGCUCCCGCAUCAAUGCCAACAACACACAGGUCAGCUAUAUUCUUUACUCCCAGCCGUGGCGAUACCGAUUGCCUCAGUCAGCGGGUUCGCGCAAACUUCGCCUUAGUGGAUAUCACAGCAGGAGACAUAUGAUUGAAAGCACGGUUUUCCCACAGUCCUUAGCUCAACAGCAGCUUCAAGCGCUGGACGACCUCUACUUCAAGCUUGGAUUUCCUUUUUGUUCCCAAGUCUCAACCAUGGCACCCAAGCGGUCCAACAAGAAGCCACGCGACGAUGUCGAGUUGACAGAUGUGGACACAAACUCAGACAUGGACUUACAGCCAGUUCGACUACCCCACGGGCUACCACUGGACGAGCCACCACCGUGUUUGCCUUUGAGCAGCCACACAGAAGUUGAGCAGGUCUGCCAACACCACCUCAGCAAUGGAUACAUCCCUAUGUCGGUGUUUCCAUGGUUGGCACAGAAGCUGCCAUCAGAGCUCCUCCGUGCCUCCGCGCUCACACGCCGUGGCGCGCCGCCUUUGGUCUACUGCUCCACCGUGUCGCUGCUGCACAACGUGAACAUGGCCACGCACGUCGACAAGUACAAUCAGCCAGGCUCUACCAACGUGCUGGUGCGUCCAGACCAAUGUCAUCGUCAGAACACCACAAACCAAGAAUACAAUCACGCCAUCAGAGUUAAGUCGAUGAUCCUUGCGGAUGCACACCGCCUGGCAUGCGACAUGGCCAUCCAGCACACCGAGAUCACCGCCUAUUCCCUCUUGGAAGUGACGCACGACCUCCGCGCGCUCAUGCACCUCGCGCAAGUCAACAAAGCCACAUGGCUCCACUGCAGCCAGGUCCUCAAGUCAACAAGCACAGACUUCAAGAUCCAGUCGAACGCCCCAUGGCACAAACGCGCAGGUCGUGCCGUCGAUGCAAACCAUGAGAAGACACCGAUCGACAUCAAGAUCCACGUGCUAAGCUUAGCAGUCCUAGAGACCAUGGAUGCCGCGGCACCUACAACUCCAACGUCAUCAUCCGGUUCGUAUGCUUACUCCGACGAGGGCGACACCUACGCUGCACAGCAUGUGUUAACCAACGCAACCCUGCUCAAAACCAUUCUCAAAUUCCACACGGAGAUCCGAGUCAGGAUGGUGGCUGUGAGCGUGGAGGACACACCCAUGGCCAGGCACGCCAAUCAAGCCAUGCAAGGAGCCAUGGGCGCAAUCGUGCAACAGCAUCCGCAAGCCCAACACACGACGGCGAUCCGCGAUUAUCGGCCUCAGCACACUCUCAUCGAGAAGUUGGUAUCGCCAGACAUCAUCUACAGCCUCCUGCUCACAAACCUCCAGGCGCAUGAGACCGAGAUUAUCUAUGGAAA